AUGACGACGCCCCGCGUCUUCAUCGUCCGCCACGGCGAGACGGAGUGGUCGCUCAACGGCCGCCACACCGGGUCGACCGACAUCCCCCUCACAGCCAACGGCGAGAAGCGUGUCAGGGCUACCGGCCGGGCUCUCGUCGGCAACGACCGCCUGAUCGUCCCGGGGAAGCUGGCACACGUCUACGUGUCUCCGCGGAAGCGCGCACAGCGGACCUUUGAGCUGCUGGGCCUCGGGCACUCGCACUCGCUGCCGUGGGCGGCGCACGGAGACAAGCCGGCCGACCAGCGGGCGUGCGCGGCCGAAGUCGAGGUCACCGAGGACAUCCGCGAGUGGGACUACGGCGACUACGAGGGCAUUACGACGCCCGAGAUCCGCGAGCUGCGCAGGCAGCAGGGGCUCGACCCCGGCUGGGACAUUUGGCGAGACGGCUGCCCUGGCGGAGAAAGCCCGUCUGACAUCACGACGCGCCUCGACCGGCUCAUCAAGGACAUCCGCGACAAGUACCACGCGACGUCCAUGGCAGGCGCGCAUCCAGCGGGGGCGGCGUACAUGGGCGACGUGCUGGUGGUGGCUCACGGGCACAUCCUCCGGGCGUUUGCGCAGCGCUGGGCCGGGCAGUCGCUGGAGCGCGGGCCGACGUUCCUGCUCGAGGCCGGAGGCGUGGGCACGCUGAGCUACGAGCACCACAGCAUCCACGAGCCGGCCAUUCUCCUCGGCGGCGCCUUCACCGUCGACCUUGCUGAGGAGACGAACGACCAAGAACGAAAGUGA